UCUUAGUAUUUCGUGAAUCAACAAGUGAAUUUGGUCAGUGGAGUUAUUCUUGGAUUCUUUGAGACACAAAAAAAAGCGGAUUUAUAUAUUCAGUUCAAUGGUUUCUACAAAAUUAUUGACUCUCCUCAUAGUUCUGGCCAUUUGCUAUGCCACCCAUGUGACGCAUGCAGCCGAAACCACUGCAUACGAAUGCAACGUGUGUGAAGAACAACUUGCCAAAUAUCGCAAAUUCAUUCUACAGGCCAUUAUCAGUUUCGAAGAUGUUUGUGAUUCCUAUCAUCCUGACAACAGUCGUGACAUUCUACAUGGCUACCAGCCGCCAAAAGAACGCGGUGAAAUAUGGGCAUUUUUCAAGUUGCUCAUGGCUCAGUUCAAUGAUGUAGACUUUGUGAAUGUCGUCCAUGAUGCUGUCGUAGACAGAUGCCGUACAAGAUACCAGAGACAAGAAGACAAACGAGACUCGAUGGUUUUGGGGAAGAAACAACGUUUCCAUUCGUGGGGUGGCAAGAGAGCCUCUUUGCCACAGCAAUCAUCCAACACCGAUUUGACCAAUCGUUUGUUGGAUGAGAAAACUUCGGAUAAACCAUAUUUUAUAUAAAAAAAAAAAAAAACAAAGAAACUAAGAGAAAUCUCGUGUACAUAUUUGACAAUGGAUGUGGAUGAUUUUACAUUCCAAGAUUUUUGUUUUUAUUUUUCAUGUUUGUUAUUAAUGCAAUAAAAUGAACCGCUUUGAA